AUGGUGACAAUCAGCGAAGUCAAGACCGGCAGCCCCCGCGAGAACCGCACGGCCGCCCACACGCACAUCAAGGGCCUAGGCCUGCGGCCCGACGGCACCGCCGAGAAGUCGUCCGCCGGCUUUGUAGGCCAGGAGUCCGCCCGCGAGGCAUGCGGAAUCGUGGUCGACCUCAUCAAGGCCAAAAAGAUGUCUGGGCGCGCGGUGCUCCUCGCCGGCGGGCCCGGGACCGGCAAGACCGCGCUCGCGCUCGCAAUCUCGCAGGAGCUGGGCACAAAGGUGCCGUUCCGCCCGAUCGUGGGCAGCGAGAUCUACUCGGCUGAAGUCAAGAAGACGGAGGCGCUGAUGGAGAACUUUCGGCGGGCCAUUGGCCUCCGCGUCAAAGAAACCAAAGAAGUCUACGAAGGCGAAGUAACCGACCUAACCCCCGAAGAAGCCGAAAACCCCCUCGGCGGCUACGGCAAGACCAUCUCGCACGUCAUCGUGGGCCUCAAGAGCGGCAAGGGCACCAAAAAGCUCCGCCUGGACCCCAGCAUCUACGAAAGCAUCCAAAAGGAGCGCGUCACCACCGGCGACGUCAUCUACAUCGAAGCCAACACCGGCGCCGUCAAGCGCGUCGGCCGCAGCGACGCCUACGCCACCGAGUUCGACCUCGAAGCCGAAGAAUACGUGCCGAUCCCCAAAGGCGAAGUACACAAGAAGAAAGAGAUCGUGCAAGACGUCACCCUGCACGACCUCGACGUAGCCAACGCGCGCCCCCAGGGCGGCCAGGACAUCAUGUCCAUGAUGGGCCAGCUCAUGAAGCCCAAGAAGACCGAGAUCACCGACAAGCUGCGCGCCGAGAUCAACAAGGUCGUCGAGAAGUACAUCGACCAAGGGGUCGCCGAGCUGGUCCCCGGCGUGCUCUUCAUCGACGAGGUGCACAUGCUCGACAUCGAGUGCUUCACCUACCUCAACCGCGCGCUCGAGGCCAAGAUCGCGCCCAUCGUCAUCCUCGCGUCCAACCGCGGCGUGUGCACCAUCCGCGGCACCACCGACAUCGCCUCGGCCCACGGCGUGCCCACGGACCUUCUGGGACGGCUGCUCAUCGUCCCUACGUACCCCUACGACCUCACGGACAUACGCACGAUCGUGCGCAUCCGCGCCAAGACGGAGGGCAUCGACGUGGAGGAUGCGGCGAUUGAUAGGCUGGCGACCAGGGGCGUGGGGACGAGUCUGAGGAUUGAGGUGGCGGAUGUGGAUGAGUGUGAGAGCUUGUUUAUUGAUGCGAAGAGGAGCGCGGCGAUUGUGGAGAGGGGUGGGGAUGCGUUUUUGAAGUAG